AACAAAACAUUCCAAUAGCUGUUUAUUUGGAUUAGUGAAGAGUCGAAUCUUCAUGUAACCAGAAGCUUUUUUAGUUACUGUGAGUGUGUCUUAGGACGUUCAUUUGUAAACAAGCAACAUGGCAGGUACGAUGUACCCACCCGAAAGCAUAUACAACCUUAUUCCCAGAGAGGAGGUUACAUUUGAGAAACCACCCAGGUAUAUGUCAAAGUUCAGAGAACAAGUAAAGCUUGAGAAACAAGCAAACAAAGCAUCAAACAAGACCAUGGGUCCUGCAACGGUAGAGGUGCCUCUACCUGAGAAGUACCUCCUGAAGCGCUCAAAAGGGGCCAAAAGUACUGAAAAGAAACCCGUUUUUGACUUUGUUGAUGAGUUUAAACCACGAAAACCUCGUGUUCCACCAAAAUCUGAUAAACCUCUCAUGGGCAUCCACACAAGAAAGGACUUUGUGAAAACUAAUGCCAUUGAGAAUAUCAUGGCCGUGCCUAAAAAACCACAGCCUAUCUAUGUUGAUACCAAAAAGGGAGAUAAGCACCCAAUGGAGAACUCUGGCCUUGUCCCUAAGUACCUGAAGAAAAAGGACUAUGGGGAAACACCAGAGUACCUGACGCAGAGGCGAGAGGAGGUGAAGAGGGCCCAAGAGGAGUAUGAUAAUUAUGUUCAGGAGUGCAUGAAACAGGGAGCAAUGAAGCAGCUCUCUGAUGAUGAACGGAAGGACAUUCUGGAGGGUCUGAAGAACAACUGGGAUGAGCUGCAUCAUCAGUACCAGGGCCUCUCCGUCGUCACAGACACCACUCCCAAGAAGCACCGCAAAGAGCGCAUUGAGUUAGAGAUGAAACAGCUGGAGCGAGACAUCGACCUCAUUGAGCGCUACAAGUCCAUUUUCAUCUCCAACAACUAGCACAAGAGACACUAGGGGUUAACCAGGAGGACUAAAUAAGAGUGCUACUACCACGAAACCUGUUACUUUUUUGUCAUUACUGUCAUCUUUUCCUAAUCCAUUGUGUUUAAAAUAAACUGAUGACAAGUCUUUGCAAUACGUGUGUACUGUAUACCCAAUCUUACAACCUUUAAACUCUCAAUUCAACAGUGUAAGUAUUACCAGAAAUGUGUAAAGAGUCAGUCUGUGGCACCUUACAUAUAUGAUUGUAUACAGUAGGGACAACCAUUGGGUAAUUUGGCUAACCAUUUGAGGAUGUAGUGAGUUUGAAUAACCUAAACCAAUUAAAUGCCUCAUAAAAUCAGA